AUGGAGGCAAAAGAUGAAGAUAAUAUGUACAAAAGAUUAGAAGGAGGAGAUUUAGAAGAAAAAAAAUCAAAAACUCCUGGGAGGAAAUUUAAGCGAUUCGAUGUCAUCGCCAUAACUGAUGGCAAUUAUUAUAAUCUUAUUGGAGAUCAUGCUUAUUUCUCAUCACUACCAUCAAAUUAUGAUCAAACGGAACAGCUCAACCCAGGAGCAGCUGAUUUCAUAGUGAAAGAGUGGAAGAUACUUCAAGAGCACCUUCCUGAUACAAUUUACGUUAGGACUUACGAGGAUAGAAUCGAUUUGUUAACAGCAGUAGUCAUCGGACCAACAGGUACCCCGUAUCACAAAGGUUUGUUCAUUUUUGAUAUCCAAAUCAGUUCCCGUUACCCUUAUGUAUUUCCAAAAUGUUUCUUUCGAUCAAUGGGUUUGAGGUUGAACCCUAGUUUGAACCCAGGUCGAGGUGUUUGUUGCAAGCAAUUUAUUAGUGGAACAGAUACUUAUAGUAUAUUCAAAAUAUUACUAUCAAUCCAAGCAAAUCUUAUUUGCUCCGAACCCAAGAUACAUUAUGGUAUAUACCAAUCUAAUUAUGUUUUGCCCACCUUUUGGGGUUACUGGGUAGAAAAAGAAUAUUUAAGUUUUAACGAAGAUAUAUUCAUAUUAAAUUGUCGAACAAUGUUGGCUAUCCUUCGUAAACCACCUAAAGUUUUUGAAGAAUUUGUUAUUCACCAUUUUCAUGGUAAUGCUGAAAGCAUAUUAUUUACUUGUAAACUUUAUAUUGACCACAUUCCAUCUAAGGUCAAUAUUGAAGGUAAUAACAAUGAUGAACAUCGCAUACAAAUUGCAACUGGAGGAGAACUAGAAAGAUACAAGAAAUCCAUGAAGAGUAUGUAUGCCAAGCUCAUCAAGGCGUUUGUUAAGAAUGGGUCUAAAUACUCGUUGGAGAAUCACAUCAAGGUUGGAGAUAUCUAUUUAGAGGACAUUGAAGAUGAUGAGGAUGAUCGGGCUGCAGUGAGAAUUGAAGGGCUUGUAGUGCAGUUCCUAGGAAUCAUGGAACGAAUGCAUGGGGGUAGACAUGAAACGGAGAUUGUGGCUUUGACUUUGAUUGCUCGGCUUGAGGAGUUACGUUUCUGCAAUGCUAUCCAUGCGGAUGCUUUCAUGGAGGGCAUAAUUGAAGAAAACAUUGGAUGUAACCAGCUUGACAUUGCCCAAAACAUGGGGUCAUCAAAAAGGAAAAACUGA